GAUCAGAGGAUCCAUCAUGUAAGGACUUGUCCCAAGGCCGGACAAGUCCUGCCACACCAUGUCCUGAGAAUGUACUUGCACAUCAAUAUGGUCUGCCAGAAUUUGUGAAGGCUUCUUCACUUGAUGGAUUGUCCUCAGUAACUGAGUGGGGUAACAUGGAUAUAAAAAAUCAAACUGGUAUCAAACUACCAAUUGAUAUCAACAUACCAGUUCCUGCAUCUGGAUGGACAUCAGAUGAUUCUGGCCAGCCCUCAGAAACUGAUGGUAGUCAUUUGGGUAUCUCGGAGCAGGCAGACGCCAAAGUGCAACUUAAUAACUGCAACUCAGCUCCUGUACCUGAAUGGCUAUAUCAGAAUCCUGUGAAUGAUUCUGUUCAUAUGUCCCACCAGAGUGGCAACCAAAUGAUUGAGCAAACACCUGCAUCUCAGAGGUUACAAUAUAACCCUCUUGAGGAUUCUCCAUAUGGUAAUCUUGAUAUUUCUCGGCACACAGGUACCUAUAUGCGUAUUGGGAACAAUGGCUUAAUUCCUGAUUCUGUAGGCUUAUAUCAGAAGCCACCUGAAAAUUUUGAGCAUGGCAUUAUGGAUAUGAAUUGUUCACCAACUUCUGACGACAUAAAUUUUAUUUGUGAUAACCCAAUUCCUACACCUGAAUGGUUAUCUCUGGGAUCACCUGGAGAUCCCAUAUAUUGUGAUUCGGAUGCCACACAGCUGAUUGACUCCAAAAUGCCAAAUACUGGAAGUGGUCCUUUGUCUGAAUCAUUACUGUUAACCCGGAAUGCACCAGAGGAUUUGGCAUAUGAUGGGAAUUGUAACAGCAAUGACGAUGGCCGUUCGCAGAUUAAAAUAUUGAAUUGUGACAAUUCUUCCAAGCUGGUCUCAUUAGAGGCAAAACUCUCUCCAGGCUUUAGUGAUUGGGUGGAUCUUACUUUAUCAGACAGUGAAGAUGAAAAGGAUGAGGCUAGUAGGAAAGGUUCUUUUGGUUCAUUUCAGUCUAUGCACACUGAUGAAUGGUGUGGGAAUUUUAAGAGAAGUCAUGAAGCUACACAAACUAGAGCUGCAUCAGUUUUGGGAGGACAGAAAGUGGUGCAAAAGAAAUCAACAUCUUCACAACUUGGUUUGCCCAGUAUGCCUGUAAAUUUUCUAAGAGUAGGAGGUGAGAGACUGAAGGCACAUGAUGAACGGCUUACUUAUCGUGUAGCAUUGGAGGAUCUCUCCCAGACAAAAUUAGAAAUUAGCCCACCAGAAGGUGUUCUUUCAAUGCCCCUUCUGCGGCACCAGCGAAUUGCUCUUUCGUGGAUGGUCCAAAAAGAGACAGCCAGUUUGCACUGCUGUGGUGGAAUCCUCGCUGAUGAUCAGGGGCUUGGCAAAACAAUAUCAACAAUUGCACUUAUACUCAUGGAGAGGUCUCCAUCUUCCAAUUGCAGUACCGAAGCAACGGAACAUGACAAACCUGAAGCUUUGAAUUUGGAUGAGGAUGAUGAAACAGGGGUUUCUGCAAUUGAUGGACUCAAGGAUGCUGAAAAUUCUGAAUCUUUUGUACUGGAUAAGAAACCAUUGGAGAAUGGAGAUUCACUUAGUAUGGUAAAAGGAAGGCCAGCUGCUGGAACUUUGGUUGUGUGUCCUACUAGCGUUCUUCGACAGUGGGCGGAGGAAUUGCAGAAUAAGGUUACGGAAAAAGCUAAGCUCUCUGUUCUUGUGUAUCAUGGGAGCCAUCGAACUAAAGAUCCUAUUGAGCUUGCCAAGUAUGAUGUGGUUCUCACUACAUAUUCCAUUGUGAGUAUGGAAGUUCCAAAGCAAUCACUGGUUGAUCAAGACGAAGAAGAUAGGAAGAGCCCACAAGUCCAGGAUGCUCCUUUGGAAUCAUCUGGUUAUAAGAAAAGGAAGCAUCCUCAUAAUGCCACAAACAAAAGUCUGAAGGAUAAGAAAAGAAAGGGCGGUUCAUUGCUUGAAUCUGCUGCCCGCCCUCUUGCUAGAGUUGGAUGGUUUAGGGUGGUAUUAGACGAAGCUCAGAGCAUAAAAAAUCACAGAACUCAAGUUGCUCGGGCAUGUUGGGGUCUUCGAGCUAAAAGAAGGUGGUGCUUGUCAGGAACACCAAUCCAGAAUGCAGUUGAUGAUCUUUACAGCUACUUCAGAUUUCUAAGAUAUGAUCCUUAUGCUGUCUAUAAGUCAUUCUGUUCUAUGAUAAAGGCCCCUAUAAGUAGGAAUCCAGCUGUAGGAUACAAGAAGCUACAAGCUGUCCUCAAGACAAUAAUGUUGCGCCGUACUAAAGGGACACUUCUUGAUGGGGAGCCCAUUGUUACCCUACCACCUAAGUCGGUGCUUCUGAAGAAGAUUGAUUUCUCUAUGGAGGAACGUGAUUUUUACUCCAAACUAGAAGAGGAGUCGCGUGCACAAUUUGAGGUCUAUGCGGCUGAGGGGACUGUUAAACAGAAUUAUGUAAAUAUCUUGUUAAUGCUUCUGAGGCUUCGUCAGGCAUGUGAUCACCGUCAGCUCGUCAAAGGAUAUGAUUCAAAUUCCAUUUGGAAGUCGUCUGUGGAGAUGGCUAGGAAACUUCCAAAGGAAAAGCUAAUACUUCUGUGGAAUUGUUUGGGAGCUUGCUUGGCAAUUUGUGGCAGUUGCAAUGAUUCACCGGAGGAUGCUGUGGUGACAAUCUGCGGUCACGUUUUCUGCAACCAGUGCAUACGUGAACACCUUACAACCGAUGAAAAUAUUUGCCCUGCAGCUCAAUGUGGGGCUCAAUUGAGUACGACCUCAAUAUUUUCUAGAGCCACACUGAGCAGCUGUAUCUUUGAUCAGUCUGACAAUGGUGGUUUCCCUUGUCAUCCUGGACAGCUUGAGCCAUUUGAAACAAAUGCAGAACUGGGUCUUUCAUGCAAUUCUUCAAAAAUCAAAACUGCUAUUGAGAUUCUCCAAUCACUUUCUAAACCAAAGCUGCAAAAUACAGAAUUCAGUUCCAGGGAGUCUUGUCAUGAAAUGGUUUGUGCUGUUGAGAAGCACGCUAACUCUGUAGAAGCGGGAGGAUAUUUGAAGUUGCAUGGUGGGACACAUAUGACUGUGGAUAAGCAUUCAGACAUGAAGCUUGUAAAAGUAGCAGAGAAAGCUAUUGUCUUUUCCCAGUGGACAAGGAUGCUGGACUUGCUUGAAGUUCCAUUGAAAGAUUCUUGUAUACAAUACAGGAGACUGGAUGGAACUAUGUCUGUGGUUGCAAGGGAUAAGGCUGUGAAGGAUUUCAACACUCUUCCUGAGGUGACUGUUUUGAUUAUGUCUCUGAAAGCUGCUAGUCUUGGCUUGAACUUGAUUGCUGCCAGCCAUGUUAUUCUUAUGGACCUGUGGUGGAAUCCGACAACUGAGGAUCAGGCUAUUGAUAGAGCACACCGAAUUGGUCAGACCCGUCCUGUUACUGUUUCUCGGUUGACAGUCAAAGAUACUGUUGAAGAUCGCAUUUUAGCUCUUCAGGAAAAGAAAAGAGAAAUGGUAGCUUCUGCAUUUGGAGAAGACGAGAAUGGCGGCCAUAGAACAAGACUAACUGUAGAGGAUUUGAAGUAUUUGUUCAUGGUUUAAUUGGGUUUGAGAGAGGGUUUUACUCGCCAUGAUACCCAUCACCUUGAUUCAUGGAGCAAGUGUUUAUGGCUACACAAAGUUCAUUGAAAGAUGGUUCAAAGGUAUCACGACCACUCCCAAUAAAGUACAUGCUACAGUUGGAGGUAUCACGACUGUUCGGUACUUCAUGCCAUUCUUUGCUAUCUUCAUAUUUAUUUUCCCCAUUUUCUUCUCCAGAAGUGGGUAACCUGAGUCUGAGGCAAGCGUCUCUACCCCGUUCAUUCAUAAUUUUCGUUUUUCUUUUCAUACAUUUUAUUUUGAGUACAGAUUCUUGGCGUCGGGUUGGCUGCAAAUGGUUAGCUCACAGCAGCCAUGGUUGCAGAGUGAAUGUACUUUUGUGAGAGAGAGAUAGAGAGAGAGGGGGGAAGAGAAAUUUUGUUACCACCUGUUUAUAGCCAUUACUGAACCUGUAGAUUCUUUGGCAGUAAUUUUUUGCUGACAUAGCAUCUCUUUGUAUAUGACAAAGCCAACAAUGUUGGUCUGAAGGAUGUUGGACGUACAAACUGAACUGGCUAUAAUCUUUCUUACACCAUUAUAAAUUUGAGAUGAGUGCAUUCUUUCUAAGUAA